AUGCCUGAAUCACCGUCACAUGCUGGACAUCUGCACAAUGAGCCACAACAACAACACAAGUUCACUCACCGUGACGAGCUGCCACUGAACACACCGACGGUCCAGUUUAGACUCAGUCUGAGGAACAAACGGGACAUUUAUAAACGAAGACACGCCCACGGCUGUGACAAAACAGGAAACUGCUCUGCGGCCGUGCACACACCUGACAGAGUUACAGAACACACUCAGGCUCUAAGUUCAGGUGUAUUUGCUGAAAGGUUUCUGAAGAUCUGGACUGUGUCCCUGCCCAAGAAACACCACAUUUCUACAGGCGACCGACAGGGGAGCGGCUGUCAACAUGGAGCAGGGCCAACAACCUGCUCCUCAACACCUCGAAGACCAAAGAACUCAUCACAGAGACAGGAGAAAGGAAACAGAGAUCCCACCAUCAAUCAUCAGGAGAGGAGAGGAGAGGCAGACUUCUGCUUCCUGGGAGUCCACACAGAGGAGAGUCUGUCCCGGAGCGUGAACACCUCUGAGCUGCUGAAGAAGGCCCAGCAGCAUCGUGACAUACUGCGUGUGCGUACGAUGUUUAGUGACUCCUCUGCCUCCUUUAGCGAUAAUGGUAUGUGUAAUAAAUGUAUUAUUUUUACAGCAUCGGAGGCGGGGCAGAGGGAAGUAGAGGCUCGGCUCCGCACCAUAGAUAACCUCCCCGUAGCAGCGCUAGCUAGUCCGCCCCCUGUAGUUGGUCCGGACCAGCCCAGAGUAGCUUCAGCUAGCCGUUCCCCGCCAGCUCCCGAGCAGCCGGGAAGCCAGGGCGGCUGGGUGGCAGUCUGAAGAAAACAUAGCCUGAAACAACGGCCCGUGGUUCACCAGCAACCGCUACACGUUUCAAACAGAUUUUCCCCGAUCAGCGACACACCUGCUGAGGAAAACACUCUGCUUGUCGGCAGCUCCAUUUAGGGAAAUGUGAAGUGAGAGACUCCAGCGACCAUAGUGAUCAUUCCUGGAGCCAGAGCGGGCGACGCUGAAUCAUAUUUAAACUAAAGACUGCUGACUAAAGAUAAUCGUAGAUUUGGUCAGAUUGUUAUUCACGUCGGCGGUGAUGACGCCAGAUUACGCCAAUCGGAGGUCACUGACAUUAAUGUGGAAUCGGUGUGUAACUAUGCCAGAACAAUGUCGGACUCCGUAGUUUUCUCUGGACCCCUGUCCCAUCAGACCGGGUGUUGGACCCUGAUCCAGAUCCACGUCUGGAUCAGGGUGUUGGACCUGCAGUUUUACUGA